GAUAUUAUAAAUAAGAAGAUCUCCUUCCAUCUUUGGUCGUGUUGGUUAGAAAACAAAAGGGUUUCGAAACUUCUCUUUUAUUCUUCCUUUGAUUGGUUUGAAUUUUUGUGUGUUUCUCUUACAAUGACUAAGCUUUGGACUUUCCUCUCUGCUCUUCAUUCCAUCGCUGGUCCUGUGGUGAUGCUGCUUUAUCCGUUAUAUGCGUCGGUGCUAGCAAUAGAGAGCCCAUCAAAAGCAGAUGAUGAGCAAUGGCUUGCUUAUUGGAUUCUCUACUCUUUUUUAACUCUCUCAGAACUCAUCCUUCAAUCGCUCCUAGAGUGGAUACCGAUAUGGUACACGGCGAAGCUAGUGUUGGUAGCAUGGUUGGUUUUGCCGCAAUUCAGAGGAGCAGCUUUCAUAUACAACAGAGUCGUGAGGGAACAGUUUAGGAAGUAUGGCAUCCUCAAACCUAAGGAACAACACCAGUGACUAAAAAGAGAAUGCACGGGACACAAAGAGGCUUUAGUGUUGGUUCCUUCAAUACUUUGAUAUUAUGAU